CAUAGUAUUCGCGUCUCAUUACUUUAGAAAGUUAACUUUCCAUUUUUUUUAAUAUUUCAAUAUUUCAAGUAAGAAAAGUAGAACUGACGUAUUCUUUUUUGCUUUUGGAAAAAAAACAAUCGACUUCACAUAACUAAAAUAAAUCAGUUUCGGUAGUAACCUCUAAAUUUUAUCCGGCAAAUUGAACCAGUAAAAUUAAAAAAAUUAAAAACUCGGAAAAAAAAACUUUAACACCACUACUUCGAAGUAUUAAGUGAUCAAGUAGUACGUAUUAUACUAGUCUAAAGAAGACGAAACUCAUGAACAAAAAAGAAAAGGACGUGUCAGCGUGCCAGCCGUGUUGUCCGCCAGUCGAACCUCGUUUACCGUACGAUGAGAUCAGUCACGAGGUAGGCAAAAACGUGCUUACCGUGAGAGUAGCCAAGAACGUUGGUCGUAUACAAAACGUCUAUCCACCUGAUGGACCCGUGUCGUCCAGUUUGGCGGCCGACUGCGAGGACACAGAAGGCAACAAGUGCUGUUCCGGCUGCACCAAGGUGAACGUUAUACCAAACAAAGCGCCACCGGCAAAGCUACCCAACGAAGAAAUGUUCCUUAUGCGUGCAUCCAGGCGAAUACUAAACGCCGAGAAGAUGAAGAAUAGUCUUGAGAUUGAAUUUCGCACCCCGAGGAAUUACGAGCCUCUCGUUUGUGAGCAAGCUACUCAACCGAUUGCUAAAGACGAACCUGCCAAAUAGAAGAAGCGUGGUAAAUAGACGAAGCGAGAUUACCACUGUACUUGAACGAACUGGAAUCCCAUGCGAUUAACGGAGAGGAAAAUGCAAGCGGUUAUAAAUUUAUCAAUUCAAGUCAGCUUUAAUCUGCAGAAUACUCUUGAAUUUAUGAUAAUUGAAGUCAGCACUAAUUGCCACACAGGUUUGACAAAAGAAAAACAAAAAAGUGAAUUGCAAAAUGUUUUCAAAAACGGAUUCGCAGUCAAAUCUCAUCAAUUUUGUUAUUUCUAUGCUCUUCAACUUCUU